UAGCAACAGUGGUAGUGGGAAACAAUGUCUGGUCUCCAGGGACGUCCUGAAGAUGUAAUAGAGCUGUGGACAAGGAAUGGACCAUCUCAGAUUGAAUUGUUGUCUGGAGAUAUAACACAGUUAUCAAAAGAUGACAUGGUGGAUAUUGUCAUGAGGUCUCUGCAUAUACUGACAAUUGAUAAAACUAUAUUGUUUCCCAAUGAAAUAGUUAGACAGUUCGUGAGUGAUUAUGCACCUAUGUCUGGUACAGUUCUUGGGGCACUUAAAAAAAACCUAGGGAUUAACGUAAUGAAAUUAUCAAUGGACAAAGAGUUGGACUUACGAGCUCUCUUCUCAUGCUGGCUGUCAAAACCUAUUACAGAAACUAGCUCCCCGUUCAAGAAGCUUCUUUGCUUUGAAAAGAGACGUGGCUCACAAAUGACUGUUUCUGCACAGAUAAGUGAAAUGUUUCGAAUAUUUGUGCCUGUAUUUAAUAACCAGGAUCAUUCUGUAAUUACACCUUUGCUUGCCACAGGACAUCAGCAUUUUCAAAACCAAACUAUAUGUGGAACAAUGGUGGAGGCAGCCAUUAAAUGGAUCAAUGCUGGUUUACCUCUACGAAAGUUUAAACUUGUCAUUUAUGAGGAAAUCAGCGAGGACAUUCGAACCAUAUUUUCUGCUCUUAAAAUUAAAUACAUGGCAAAGAAUGAAAUUAUGAAGAAAAGGAUAUUUACAAAAACAUUUGAUGUGUUCAUCAUGUUCAACCCUGUAGAUGAUGGGUAUAUGCAAACAUUAAAAAAGAAUCUACAGCAUGAAAAAGAAGACAUUAAGUUAUAUGCUAACACAAGUCAUUUCAACGAGGAAAAAGUUUGGCAGGAUGGUAUAUUUAAGACGAUGGUGGCAUGUAAACGAAUUGUAGCAAUUUUAUCACCAGCAUUUCUAGAGAGUACAGAGUGUUUAGAACAGUACAAUAUGGCAAUGUGUUGUAACAGACUUCUAGGAGUAGAUGUGCUAGCCCCUCUCUAUGUGGACACAAUCAAAUCUCUACCCUCAUACAUGGGGCUUGUACAAUGGAUAGACUGCAGAGUGAGGAAGGAUGGUGAUACAACAGUUGGUAAGAUACAGUCUGCCUGUAAGAGCAUCAUAAUGUCCAUAGAACAACAUGAUUCUGGAGACAUCAAACAGUCAGCUUUAGAAACAAACAACAAGCAACAGAAUGACAAGUUUGAAUUUGAUGUAUUCAUAUCCUACUCACACAAGAACCCUCACCAUGCAGAAACAUUGCUUGAGUCCUUCAAUUCUAUUGAUGCUGAUUGUAAAGUGUUUUAUGAUCGCAGUGCUUUAACAACAGGUACCAAUUGGCAGAACAUGUUAUAUCAAAGUGUUGGUGAAUGUAGAUGUUUUGUUGCUUUAAUAUCACCAACUUACCUCACAUCAACUGUAUGCAUGGAGGAAUAUAAUCUAGCUGUAGCUAGAUACAUGUGCAAGGAUAAGGAUUUAAUGUUGAUACCAGUGUGUAUUGAGGGACUCAGUGAGGUACCAUCAUACAUGUCUACAGUACAGAUGAAUGAUGCCUCCGAGGAUUAUUCCAACUUUGCUACACAGCUUGCUACAUCUGUUAUUGAAUGGCUCAAACUGACAGCUGAUAAACGACCCUCAAUGUAUCGAGUACAGGAAGCUAUAGAUAUAGAGAGAAUACUGUCUGCACAACGGUGUGAAGAUGUAAAGAUGCAGUACAAACUGGUUGGAUCUGGCGAUGAUAAACUCCUGGAAAGGAUUACACCAGUUGUUGUUCCUAAGGAAGAUAUUGAUGAAAUAGACACAACAAAGAUUGAUAUAGCAGUCAGUUAUGCCAACGAUGCUACCAACCUAGCCGGAGCAUUCUGCGUAAUGCUUGACAAGAAAUAUCCAAAUUUAAACAUGAGUGUAUACUCACAUGGUGAUCAACAAAGAUAUAACUCCCUAGACACAGCAAAGAAAAUUGUUUUAUUUAUUUCAAAUGAUUUUCUCAGGAAUGAGCAUCACAUGCAAGAACUUCAUCUUGCCCUCAGCAGACAAAGACCGUUAGUAACAAAUAUACUGUACUUGGUACAAGCAACUGGAAUUACUGGCAGACCUUUCUUCCCAAGGAUAUUGCCAUAUAAUAUUUCAGUUACAGACAUUGUCUGGUCUGAUUUGGAGAAACAAUGUUUUCAAGGAAGUAAAAAUCCUGAGGUAACAAAAGUGUCAGUGUUUGGGAAACGACGUAUACUAGAGCAUUCAAACAGGUUCUACUGCAGAAGAGCUGAAUACUUUGCUUUAUCAAAAGCUGUAGAUGAUGUAGUUGAGUCAUUUGUUGAAUUAAAGGAUGAAAAGAAGAGUCUUAUUCCAAUGUUGCUUAAUGUCAAGGCAAUUGAAAGUGCAUCUCAAACAGCACUCACAUCCUAUCAGAAUCUCAAAAAUGGGCAUAUAUCAAAUUCUGAUUUGGAUGCAGUUAUUAUAGAUGGCAAACAAGCAACAGAUAUAACAAAUAAUGAACACAAAGAUAAAUCCGUGACAGCAAAUGACAAUCACAGGGAUAAAUCAGCAAAUGACAAUCCCAGGGAUAAAUCUGUGACAGCAAAUGACAAUCACAGGGAUGAAUCUGUGACAGCAAAGGACAAUCCCGGGGAUAAAUCUGUGACAGCAAAUGACAAUCCGAGGGAUAAAUCUGUGAUAGCAAAGGACAAUCCCAGGGAUGAAUCAGCAAAGGACAAUCCCAGGGAUGAAAAUGCAACAGCAGAUGACAAAUAUAAAGAUGAAUCUGUGACAAAAAUUGACAAACAAAAGGAUGAAUCUGUAUUAACAAAUGACAAAGUAAGGGAUGAAUCUUCAGCAACAAAUGAAAAAAUCAGGGAAGAUUCAUGUUUGAAAUGUGAAGAUAGUAAAUCUAACAAAGGGAAAAGCAAAUCUUGCAUCUUAAUCUGAUUAUAUUUUUUUAAAUGUAAAUUGACAGGGUGCAGAGUAGAACUGCAGACAUUCAGUGCCUCUUCAUAUGAAAUAACCUCAAGUCCCUUGCAGGAUUUGAACAAACAGUAGUGAGGGGUAAAUAAUUAGAAGUCAGCAAUAUUACCUUUUUCUCUGUAGACUGCCUUUGUCUCUUUAAAAUGGUAUAGUCCUUAAAAACUAUCAACAGAAUCAAAGAUAGAUAAGCUUUUAAUAAGUUAGUGUCUUCUCAUAAACAUAUCAAAGUUCAUUUUUAAUUAACAAUGUAUGACAAAAUGUUAACUUUGUUGACUAAACUGGCUUUUGAUAUUUUUUAAUUCUAAUGUGAAUGAUUUCUGGUUUUCAGAAACUUUCUUGUUACUUUAAAUUAAAACAAUAAGAGCAAAUAAAAAAUUGUGCGUACAUUACCCAUAGAAUUGAUUAUAUUUUUACUUGAGCAUUCCAUGAAUUUUAUAAUUAUAUCUGUCAAGAAGCAACAGACUAAUUGUUAGUUUCAGGUAUAUGUAGUUUUAUUGUUUAGACUUAGAUAUAUGUUUAAGAUAGUAAUUUAGGAUAUAGGAUUAUUAUAUGAUCUAAAUACAGCUGCAAUCGCAUUGGGUAGCAGAACAAUUUAUAAAAUCAUAUUCACUGGCUGAAUUAGAUUUUCCCAAUCUAAAAAUAGAACGAUACUCGUAUUCAAUGGCCUUGUACAUCAUAGACUGUUAAUUAUACAUGUGCAUACUAAAUAUAAUUGUUGCGUUUUGUUCUUUAUGGCAAAAUUUUUUUACAUUGAAUUAUCAUCAUUUUUUAUCCCCUGCCGAAAAUUUUCGGCGGAGGAUAUAGAAAUAGUCUCUGUCAGUCUGUCCGUCCGUCCGACCUUCCGUCCUUCCGUCCGACAUUUUUGUCCGGAGCAUAUCUCUAAAAGUAUUUGAGUUAUCAACUUGAAACUUCAUAGGUGGAUAGACCUCAUUGUGGAGGAGUGCAGUGCACAAGAAUGAUAACUCUACCUUGCAUGAUUUUUGAGUUAUUGCCCUUUGUUAAUUUUCAAAAUUGAUUUUUGUCCAGAGCAUAACUCCAAAAGCCUAUGAGAUAUUAACAUGAAACUUCAUAGGUGCAUAGAUCUCACUCAUGAGGUGUGCAGUACACAAGAAUGAUACUCUACCUUUCAUAAUUUUUGAGUUAUUGCCCUUUGUUAUUUUUCAUACCUAAUUUUUCACCUGAGUGGAGCAUAACUCAAAAUGUGUUUGAGAUAUCAACAUGAAAUGUCAUAGGUGGAUAGAUCUUAUUGAGGAGGAUAGUUGUGCACAAGAAUGAUAACUCUUCCCUAUACAAUUUUUGAGUUACUGCCCUUUGUUUUUUUUUCAUGCUAUUUUGUCCAGAGCUUAUCUCAAAAAGUAUUUGAGGUAUCAACUUGAAACUUCAAAGGUGGAUGGAUCUCAUUGAGGAGGUGUGCAGUGCUUAAGAAUGAUAACUCUACCCUGCAUUAUUUUUGAGUUAUUGCCCUUUGUUUUUUUUUUCAAAAUUAAUUUUUGUCCAGAGCAUAACUCAAAAAGCCUUUGAGAUAUCAAAAUGAAACUUCAUAGGUGCAUAGAUCUCACUCAUGAGGUGUGCAGUGCACAAGAAUGAUAACUCUAGCUUUCAUAAUUUUUGAGUUAUUGCCCUUUGUUAUUUUUCAUACCUAAUUUUUCACCUGAGUGGAGCAUAACUCAAAAUGUGUUUGAGAUAUCAACAUGAAAUGUCAUAGGUGGAUAGAUCUUAUUGAGGAGGAAUGUUGUGCACAAGAAUGAUAACUCUUCCCUAUACAAUUUUUGAGUUAUUGCCCUUUGUUUUUUUUUUCAUGCUAUUUUGUCCAGAGCUUAUUUCAAAAAGUAUUUGAGGUAUCAACUUGAAACUUCAAAGGUGGAUUGAUCUCAUUGAGAAGGUGUGCAGUGCUUAAGAAUGAUAACUCUACCCUGCAUUAUUUUUGAGUUAUUGCCCUUUGUUUUUUUUUUUUCAAAAUUAAUUUUUGUCCAGAGCAUAACUCAAAAAGCCUUUGAGAUAUCAAAAUGAAACUUCAUAGGUGCAUAGAGCUCACUCAGGAGGUGUGUAGUGCACAAGAAUGAUAACUCUACCUUUUAUAUUUUUUGAGUUAUUGCCCUUUGUUAUUUUUCAUACUUAAUUUUUCAAUUCAAUUUUUUUCUCAAAAAGUAUUUGAGGUAUCAACUUGAAACUUCAUAGGUGGAUAGAUUUUACUGAGGAGGGAUGCAGCACACAAGAAUGAUAACCUACCCUGCAUUAUUUUUCAGUUAUUGCCCUUUGUUAUUUUCAGCCAUCAGUAUUCACAUAGGUUUCAAAUCUGUAAUCACUAUAGCCAUCAGUUUUCAUUACCAAAAGACCUCUUAAAAUGGAAUUAUUCUGCUCUACUACAUAUACAUUCUUCCAAUGAGCAAACACAUUCGGCGGGGGAUGGCCAUGUUGACAUGGCUCUUGUCUAUAAUAGUUUAAAGUUUCACCCCUUUGAUGAAUAUAAAUUUGAAUUAUUUUGAUUUGCACUGAACAUUUCCGUAAUUGUUGAAUGCCUGAUGUUAUCUUUUUUUACACAGUUACAUGAAAGAGGCUUUUUGUGAUUUUUUAAAAGAAUCUUAGCUCAUUUAUGUAAUAAAACAAUUUUUGACUAAGUGAACCAUUGAAUAUAUAGAGGAUAUUGAAUGAGACUGUAAGUUCAAUACCGAAUUUAUUGCAUGAGUUGAAUAAAAUUAUAUUAUGCGAGCCUCUGGUGAGCAUAAAAUUAUUUUAUUAAACGAGUGCAAUAAUUUCAGUUAUGAACUUACACAAAUUUAAUAUUCUAUUUAUCACAUACCCAAAAUAAAGACCAUUUAAAGUGAAAUAAGAGUCAUUUUUCAUUGAAGCGCCUACAGUAUAAUGCUAACAUUUAGCGCGUCUUUACACUAUGUUUGUAUAACGCUAAUGACGUCACGUCAAAAUAUAUGCACGGCCGUGCAAUACCAUAUUUACGGAGUCGCAAAAUCGGCACGGGUGUGUGAUAAGAUGUGAUAUUCACCGGCACAAAAUCAUAUUGACCUCGGCUAUAGUCUCAGUCAACAUGUCACAUGUCGGUGAAUAUCACAUCAUAUUUAAAGAUUGGCUCACUUAAGUCAAUAAUUUUGUUAUAUAAUCCACAUUAAGAUUAUAUAUGAAAGCAUAUU